AAAGUAAAUUAGACAAAAGAUGUUAAUUGUGUCCUACAACUUUAUCUAUAAUUAUAUGGUCUUGUAUUCACUCAAAUAAUGAGUACUGCCAAAACAAGAAAGAGUUUGAGAGAAAGCGAGAGAAAUGGCAACAGAAUUGCUCAAGAUUUACGGUGAUCGCAAGUCUCAACCCACCCGUGCUAUCUUGAUCUUUUGCAAGGCUAAUGGGAUCCAAUUUGAGGAGGUAAAAAUAAGACUCUUCACUUCUGAUGUUCAAACCCCAGAGUAUCAAGCAAUUCAUCCAUUGAAGAAAGUCCCAGCAAUAGCUGAUGGAGAUUUUACUCUCUUUGAAAGCCAUGCCAUACUCACGUACCUUGCUUGUUGGUAUCAAGUGCCUGAUCAUUGGUAUCCUGCUGAUCUACGGAAGAGAGCUAAGGUUCAAUCCGUGUUGGAUUGGCACCAGACAACUUUACGUUAUGGUUCAACAAGAUACCUGAUAAACACAGUAUUAGCUCCAACAUUUGGUAAAACGCCAAAUCCUCAAGUAGCAGCCGAAUAUGAACAGAUUUUGGUUCAAUCUCUUUCAACCGUUGAGACUUUGUGGCUUAAAGGCGACGCCAAGUUCCUCCUAGGCAACGAUCAACCUUCUGUUGCCGAUCUUGCUCUAGUUUGCGAAAUCAUGCAACUUCAUGUUUUGGAUGAAAAGGAUCGUGCUAGGAUACUUAGUCCAUACAAGAAGGUUCAAGAGUGGAUUGAAGCUACAAAGGCUUCAACACAGCCCCAUUUUGAUGAUGUUCAUGGGAUUCUUUACAAAGCCAAGAUAAAAUUUCAGAAGCAAAGAGAAAUUGCAACAUUGCAAUCAAAGAUGUGA